AAGAUAACCUGCGAGCAAGGUUUGCUGGCAAUUCGUCUCUUGUAUUGGCUCGUCUCUUAUCUGCUUCUUCCCCUUCUCCAGGCUCCCUCCACAGCGCAUUUUAGUCCUCUUCAACUUAGCGCCCCCACCUCCAUCCGGUCAGUGAGAUCAUACGUCAACCGUCGAACCAUCUCUGAGCUACCGCGAACUACGCAAGUGGGCAUCAAGAGCUUGCAGAUUGCCUCGCUUUUCCUUAGGAGAUGUUGAAAUGAGUGCAAAAUUCAUUUCGAUACUGGCCCGUUAGACUCAUGAUCUACUGGGCUUCUGAAACGCGCAUCAUUCGGUUUAUAGUCCCAUAAAUAUGUCCCAUGCUCGUCGUUCCUUCAUUGCAAACCAAAUAUGGAAACGGAUUCCACGGAUCCAAUCCCUAGCGGGUGUGUAGAGUCUGGACUCAAGAAGUCUCGGGGAGAUACUGCUGCCAAGGGAAAGGGCAUGAGUUUAGAAACCGGUCCUGCUACUAAGAGACGCUGCGUCAGCACUGCCUGCAUCGCUUGUCGUAGGAGGAAGUCCAAGCUGCGCCGCGUGUUCCUCCGUAUAUCACACACCAUGUGUAUAUGACCCGAAUUCUGACCACCGUCGAAAAGGAGUAUACAGGAAGGAUGUUGACACGAGGAGAGCACGUAAUGCAACCCUGCAGACCCUGAUCCAGGCGAUCCUGAAUUACGAUGAAGAAGAUGCUUUUGAAUUGGUGCGCCGUAUACGGUCCUGCGACGAUCUCGAGGAAGUUGCCGAGUCGGUCAUCGCUGCCGACAAGGAAGGAUUAGCAGCUACCACAGAAGAUGAGUCUACCGUUGCGGAGAGCGCGGACCAGUUCGAGUCCGAAUUGUCUGGAAAGAUGAGCGAGCUUGUGCUCGACGGUUCUCGCAAGUUUAUCGGAGGAACCUCGAAUCUCAUCUUCUUACCCCCUGGCUCUGAGCUAUGUGAGUUCAGUUUACGCCCAAUGGACCAAGGAUUGGGGAACCCUCAAGACCAUUCGGUGACCCGAUGGACAAGAAUCACCGAUGAUGAACGCUUGAUCAGCCACCUCAUGACAAUGUACUUUUCGUGGCAUUACCCGUUCUUUACCACUCUUUCCAAAGACCUGUUUUACCGGGAUUACGUCGCUGGGGUUUCUAGCCAAUACUGUUCGUCUCUGCUUGUCAAUGCUAUGUUGGCACUCGGUUGUCACUUCAGCUCAUGGGAAGGCGCCCGCGAGGAUCCUCGAAAUUCCGCCACCGCUGGUGAUCACUUUUUCAAGGAGGCUAAGCGACUGCUCCUUGAAAACGACGAGCAUGAAAAUGCAAAACUGUGCACGGUUCAGGCAUUUGCGCUCAUGUCUGUACGAGAAGCUGGGUGCGGCCGGGAAAGCAAAGGUUGGGUCUACAGUGGCAUGAGCUUCCGUAUGGCUUUCGACCUGGGUCUGAAUCUGGAAACUGGCCCAGCUGCACAGAAUCUCACUGAAGAGGAGACUGAUGCUCGUAAGAUUACUUUCUGGGGCUGCUUUCUCUUCGACAAAUGCUGGUCUAAUUAUCUGGGUCGUCAGCCCCAACUUGCAGCGCACAAUAUGAACGUGCCAAAAUUUGAGGUUUUACCUAGCGAGGAAGCACAGCUUUGGUCUCCGUAUACAGACUGCGGAGCCGGUCAUAAGCACACUCAGCCUUCGCGGACGAGGACCGUCGCACUGCAACUUUCGAAGCUAUCUGAAAUCAGCGGCGAUUUACUCGUAUUCUUUUAUCAUCCAGCGGUCAUGGAGAAACCUCAUUCGAAGCAGUCUGAACGCAAGAAGCUGACCGAGAUUCAUACGAGGCUUGAGGAGUGGAAAAAGAACUUGCCUAAAGAGCUGGAACCGAAAGAGGGCCAGUUACCUCAAGCUCUUGUCAUGCACAUGUUUUACCAACUUCUCUUCAUCCAUCUUUAUCGCCCCUUUCUAAAAUAUACGAAGUCGACGUCGCCUCUCCCUACGCAUGUCUCGCCCCGCAAACUGUGCGUACAGGCUGCAUCUGCCAUCUCGAAGUUGCUUCGGCUAUAUAAACGCGCGUACGGCUUUAAUCAAAUUGUCAAUGUCGCGGUUUAUAUCGCGCAUACGGCCUGUACAAUUCAUCUCCUCAACCUGCCGGAAAAGGAUGCCCAAAGAGACAUCAUCCAUGGGCUCAAGCACCUGGAGGAAAUGGGUGAGAACUGGCUUUGUGCCCGGCGCACAAUACGAAUACUCGAUAUAUCUGCGAAUAAAUGGCAAGUAGACCUUCCGGGCGAGGCAGCCGCUAUUUUCGAGAGGACGCAUGCGAGAUGGGGUUCCUGGGGGUCGUGGGAUCAGGCAUCAUCGCCCUCGACUUCCGACGAAUCACCUACUAUGGCACCCGCUCAAUUCUCCAGUACAGCUCCGAGCACCUACUCGUCACCGGGAAAAUUCCUUCAUCCAGCUGCUCAGCGUAAUGAUUCUCAGAUGAAGGUUUCUGUGCCUCUCAGACCGAUGACUUCGUAUUAUCCACCAAUCCAAUCUUCUUCAACCCCCACUGCUCUUACUUCUCAACGAUCUGCUAGUGUACAGUUCCAGCGAGCUCGAUUUGCUUUACCUGAGCCAACAUACCUCCAGCCCAUGACUCAUAUUUCACAUCCUUUUCAAGCUACGCCAAUCUCACAGCAAGAUGUGUGGUAUAAUACUACGCCAGAACCUGAGGCCUCCAGGAUGAAUGCAGGACAAGCAACUCAACUUCCCACGGGCACUUCUCCAAUAUCAAAUCUCGGGGAUGCAGGAAGUAGUCUUGUGCAGGAGAGCCAAAAUUGGUGGUCUAAAGACCAUAACGCAUGGGUCAUUGGAGCGGAAAACUGGGGGGGGUGGAGCUCUGGUGAUAGCAGUGGUGGUCUUUGUGCUCCAGCAACGACAUUCAGUCUUCCCUAUCAGACCCAUACCACUGGCAUUGGUGUCGGUGUUGGCCCUGGACCGACGUCCAGCGACGACGCGGGCGUUCUCCCAGCUUCAACCUCAACCUCGGGACCACAGAUGGAACCGGGCAUGCUGGGUAAUGAUCAUGUACAUGUACAAUUAAUGGGCAAUUUUCAGGAGUAA